AUGAUCCAUCGUUUUGCACUGGCGUCGAAAACCAUCCGUGAUGAACUUUGCAAGAUCCUGGAGGUAGUGGUCAAAUGUGUCAACUUUGUGAAAACUGUAGAUCUGAACUCUCGCUUUUUCCAGAACUUUUGUAGAGACAUGGAUUCAGAGCAUGAUGCCCUCCUCUUUUACUCCAAAGUGUGCUGGCUUUCCAAGGGUAAUGUUGUGAAUCGAGUGUUUGAACUUCGGGGAGAGCUUAAGUUGUUCCUGGAAGUGCAAGGGAAAGAUGAUCAAUUAAGUCACUUCAAUGAGGUGUUGUGGGAGCCACGUCUUGCAUAUUUAGCAGAUAUAUUUGAGCAGCUAAACAGGUUGAAUCUCAAGCUGCAGGGCAAGGAGAGAAAUGUGUUUUACCUCAUGGAUUGUCUUCGUGCAUUUCUUGCCAAGCUCCAGAAUUGGCAAAGGAAAGUCAAUACAGGAAAUGUUGCCAUGUUUGAGAAUCUUUCAACUGUUCUUGAUGAGACUGAAGAUCAUCUGCUUGACCCAUCACUCAAAACUGAAAUCACUCAGCACCUGAAAUCCUUGGAAGACGAAUUUCUUGAUCUCAAGAAUGAUUCUGCUGCCAAAGACCUCUAUGAAGAAAGAUCUCUGACUGUAUUCUGGUGCUCAAUGUAUCAGUUAGCGAGAUUGCACUUCGCGUCCUUUUGCCUUUUUCAACUACCUAUUUAUGCGAAUCUGGUUUCUCCACCCUUCUACAUAUAA